AUGGAGUACCCAUCUUAUGUGUGGGCAGCCUGCCUCUGCAUAUCAGCCUAUGCAUUAUACAGAAGAUACUUUGUGACGUCUGUAUCUCACAUCCGAGGGCCUUCUCCGGAGUCCUUUUGGCUAGGGAACCUUAGAGAGUUGUUCCAGUCCCAGGCUGGAGAGGCCGACUUUAAAUGGCAGAAACAAUAUGGGGAUGUCGUCCGUAUCAAAGGGACGCUGGGGGAGGAUAGGCUGUUGAUCUCUGACCCGAAGGCUUUGCAGUACAUUUUCCACACGUCAGGAUACAAUUUCCUCAAGUGGCCUGAGCGUACCGAAAUAUCAAGAGUUCUCAUGGGUCGUGGACUCCUGUGGUCUGACGGUGAGAUACACAGGCGUCAGAGAAAGGUCAUGUUGCCUGGUUUUGGAGCCCCUGAAGCUAAAUCCUACGUCCCAAUAUUCCGUCAAGUUGCGGAUCAACUGUGUGUUAAAUGGGAAGAUCUAUUGGCCGCUGCGCCCGACCAGACGAGUGUCGUUGAUGUUCCUCACUGGCUCACCCGUGCAACACUCGACACCAUCGGACAAGCGGCCUUUGACUACAACUUCAAUGCCAUUGAGAAUUCGGAAAACGAGUUUGCCGAGUCCUACUUUGGACUGAUGGCAGAUACUUUGGGAUCUCCCCCAAAAUCCGCCAUAUUCUUGCACGCAGUCUCGCCUGUAUGGUUCCUGAACCUGUUAGCGAGAUUCUCGCCCUCCAGAAACAGAGCACACGCUCGGAGCGCCGCUAGGAUAGCCAAUCGAAUCGCAAAAGAGAUGAUAGAUACGAAGGCCGAUGCAUUAUCUCAAGGCAAAGGAAACAAAGACAUUAUGAGUCUACUUGUUAAGGCCAAUGCUGGUGAGAACGAGAAAGGAAAAUUAUCCGAGGAAGAAAUGUUUGGUGAGAUGAGGACAAUCCUUCUGGCUGGUCAUGAGACGGUCGCAGUUACUUUGCUGUGGACACUCUUAGAGCUUGCGCGUCACCCCGAAGUACAAAACACGCUCCGCAAAGAGAUCAGAGAGACUGAGAAAAAAGUCCGUGUCCGUGGGGGUACUUCCUUCACCGCAAAUGAUCUGGAUGACAUGCCCUACCUAGCUGCUGUUCUAAAGGAAUCAAUGAGAUUCCAUCCGGCAUUGUAUCAGAACUACAGGGUUGCAGUAAACGACGACGUCAUUCCACUAUCUAAGCCCAUCGUGAACAAAAUGGGCCAGGAAGUCCAGGAGCUUCAGAUCCCAAAAGGUAUCAAAAUCAUUGCUUCCAUUGCUGCGUACAAUAGGAACAAAGAGGUAUUUGGAGAAGACGCAGGCGUGUGGAACCCAGAUAGGUGGCUGAAGGACUCUCAGGAAAGGAAAGGCCCAACACUCGGCGUAUAUGGUAACCUACUUACAUUUGCCGGCGGUGUCCGUACCUGUAUUGGCUGGAGGUUUGCCGUCCUAGAAUCGAUGACCUAUAUCGUCGAGCUAGUCAACCGGUUUGAAUUUGCUAUGACGGACGUGGCCGCGAAGAAUCUCAGGAGAGAGGCCUGCCUUGUCAUGCUUCCAACAGUCGAAGGCGAAGUCCACAAAGGAGAGCAGCUUCCACUUCAAGUUACCAUUGCUCAGAGAGACUGA